GCGCCUAUGUCACUGGACUCCUCACCCAGUGAAGGUGAUAGUGAAGACCACGUUUCUACGUCUAGUGACUCUUCUGGGGCUUCCACGCUGGCUACGGAUCAAGAGGAUGUAUUUGGACUCAUUUCCAAUGCCGGUUUACCUCUAAACGAGGCUCUGGAACCUUAUUCGUCCAAUGGAUGGCCUCUGCAGCCUCCCAUUACUGAACCAGAAGACUGGGACGGAGAUUCACCCUACCAAUCGAUCGUGAACGUUCUUCGCCACGAAGCAACGCUUCCCCUACGACAACUUCUACCCCCUGGUUAUCACCCCAUCACCUCCUCCGCUCUCGAAAUGAACGGAUCAGAUGAUACUUCUAUACGUCGCCGGCAGCCCCAACGUCGUCCCAACCGCCUUGCUCUCGUUAAUGGCUGUUCACCCCACGACGAAACCGUAGAUGCGGUGGUUGAUGGGCUGGUGGACGACGAUGUCGAUAGGGAGGAUGAAGUGAGAUCGGAGACUUCGGCAGAAGCUGAACCUAUGGAACUCGAUGGGUAUCCUUCGGACUCAGAGGUUUCAGCGGCCUCGUCGAUGACAACGGCUGCGCACUUUUGGAAUUCUGUUACCGAUGCGGCAGCGACGCCGUUAGUGCCGUCAGCGUCGCCCGGCGAACUAGCUAGAAGAGCUCGAGGACUAUCGCAGUGGAGAACACAGGUUCCCUCCAGACGUGCUCUUCACUCUCGCCUACCUGCCUUCGGACCCACCUGUCGUGUGCCCUUUCUACCCACCUCUAGUCUUCGUGAGUGCAUGGAUUCAGUCUAUUUUUGCCGAUGUAGCGGGAACCACCAGGUCGGCAUCCUGGCUUUUGACGAAUUUUCAUAG